AUGGGCGGUGCCUUCCUAUUCUUGUAUACAAAUCAUUCACUACGAGUAUGGAACACGACUCGGAGCUUAAGGGCGUCGGGCAGCACUUACACCCACGAGCGCAAGAUCGAGGUGCUGAUAAAUCUGCUCAACUGCCGAGAACCCGACGCAUGCGUAACUCGAUUUCCCCGCCGGCGCAUCGGCCAGUCAUACGAGCGGGAGCGGAUGUUAUCGCACCGCAUGGUCCGAGAGCCCAAUGGCGCCUUUGUCAGAUACCGCGCCCCUACUUACCGAGGCCCGGAAGAAGAUGCUCGAAGGGACCGGCAUCAAGUUGCCCGAGCCCGGCACCGAGGAAGAGCCUUCCGCAGCCCUCGCGGCGGAGGGACCCUUUCCGUAGCCGAACGCGGAUGCCCAACCCACACUCCGGGCAACGGACGGCUGUCCGAGGAACGGCUCGAGCAUGAAACGAGCAGCAGCAGCAGUAGCAGCAGCAGCAACUCCAGAAACGAGGAGUCCCUGUGGCAGAGGGCGGCGGACCUCGGACAACAAACAACACUUUGCUACAGCUGGCCUUGCAUCAUUCCCGGAACUCGGACCCGGCCAAGCGCUUCCUCGUCCAAUGCGAGAGAGACACGAUCAACUGCUGCCCAACCGGGACCGGUCAUCUUCGCUAAAGGCCAGAACAGAGAGGUGGACGUGCCGCUCUUUCACCUGCCCCUGAACGCCCACCAGCUUUCUGCCCAGAGUAUUAUGUUGCUUUUUAUGUCGGACUGCCGCCUGGGCCCAUGCCUGGCCAACAUUGUAUACACCCUGGUGCCAUACUACUUGUCAUACACUUGGACCAGAGCUCAGAAGUUGCUCCAAUGA